CCGAGGUUACACGAUUGUAUAACGCAAAGAUGGCUGCGCCCGUAUGCUUCAGGUCUUCAAGGAAAAUAUCGCCGUUUGCCCGCUAUUUUUUGCAGGAAAAAAGACUAACCGGGUCUCUUGUCCAAAGGCUUUGUACAGCAACAACAGCAAACAAUUCUAGUCAGAAUUCACACACAUCCAAUAAUGGUAUAAACAAGGAGGCAGAGCAGAAGUCAGAUAGUUCAGUAGCAGAUUUGGAGAAGAAAUUAAAAGAUGAGGGUGACAAGUUUGAGACUGCAAAAAAGAAGUUUGCAGAAGAUUUGAAGGCUUUAGAUGAUAAGUACAAGCGAGCUCUAGCUGAAACUGAAAAUGUACGCACUCGCAUGAGAAAGCAGGUUGAAGACGCAAAGGUGUUUGGUAUUCAGGGUUUCUGUAAAGACCUUCUAGAAGUUGCAGACGUAUUGGACCAGGCCACUCAGAGUGUUCCAAGUGAAGAGCUGAAGAAAAAUGAGCACCUGAACACUCUCUUCAAGGGUCUCAAUAUGACGAACACACAAUUACUAAAGGUGUUCAGUCGGCAUGGACUUACGAAGCUGUCCCCUGAAGUCGGAGAGAAAUUUGACCCCUACGUACACGAGGCCCUGUUUGAGGUUCCAGCUGCAGAGGGUCAGGAUGGGGGAACAGUCGCUGUGUGUCAGAAAACCGGCUUUAAACUGCAUGAAAGGACUCUUAGACCUGCAACUGUUGGUGUGUUUAAAUCUUGAUUCAUCCUAGAUGGGUUGAAUGGUGUUUUGAACCUGUGAGAAAAUUCCAACUAAUUCUCAUUUUAUGGAGUCUUCAAUGUACAUUUUGGUGAACAGUGUUAACUAAUACGCUAAACAAAAACCACUAUAUAGUUCACGAACAAAAACUCCCGGCCACAUUAUCACAUAAGUAAUUAGGUAAUUGCUCAACAGAGUACACCAUUUUUUAAAGUCCUGCUAGUUAUGAAUUGGUACAUUUUUUCUCCUAAAUAUGAUCAAAGAUUUUAUUCAAUAUAACUUAUUUGAUUUUAACUAGAGUAAGUAGAGCUGUUAUGUUGAAAAAUGAGUUGAUUUAAAUGAUUUAAGUAUUUUUGUGAAUAUUGGGAUAUGAUGGACAGGUAUAAUGUUCAAUAGAUAAAAAAGGGAUAUUUUGAAAUGACCAUUUCCAUGAGAUGUAGUUGUAGAUGUAGGUAAAUGUAUAUUAUCAUAUGUACUUCAGUGUGAAACUUUGCAUAUGUUCUAUGAUCAUGAUAAAACAUUUUUAUUUUGGUACAUUGUAUGUACUAUUUAAUAUGAGUUAAGUCUCAUAUGUUCCAAACAAAGAACAAGUUUUAUGAUACAUGUAUUUGGAUCGUUUGAAAUACAGCUUCCUUUAGUUUUAAAUGUGGUUAAAACAUAUCAAUUAAAUCCCAUUAACUGCCAGAAUUUUAGUCGUAAAUCCUUACAAGGUUUAAUUAAAUUUAUUAUUUCUGUUGUUUUCUACCAAGACUCUGCACUAGAGUAAGCUCUUACAACAAGUAUGUUAAUAUUAUUUUUGUUGAAUAAUGGAAAUAAUAGUUCAGUGAUAUUGCUUAAUAUUGUUUUGUAAUGACAUAUUUUGAAGAAAAGCAUGUAAAAGAAAAAUAGUAUUGUUUUCUAUCAUAAUCAUAUGUGCAUAUAACCUUAGUGUUUCAUGAAACAAGAGGGUCAGUACGGUCCUACUACGCUUGUCUGGGCAUUGCACAUGGGAGCAAACACUUAAUGAAUAUUGAAUAGAAAUUAUGGUUGCUAGAUUGUUGUUAAGGACCUAAUUAGCAAGUAUUUGAUGGCAUAUGACCUAAAAUCCGGCUUGAACAAGAUUUGAUGAAUACACAUAGACUUGGUGUCCUAGCUUUUGACUGCACAUGACCCAGUUUCAAAAGUGAAUAAAUAAGAUUUUAUGGAGACAAUUUUCAGACCAAGUUAUAUUGAUUAUCUUUGGCCAAAUAUAUAGGCUCUAAGGCAAGACUAAAGAAGAACUUGUAAAGGUCUAAUGAAAAACAUUUUGUUAAAUAAUUGCUUUAACUGUAAUUCACAUGAGACUUAGAGAAAAGUGGACUGGAAGCUGCCUUGGAGAUGUGGGCUCUCCUCUCAAUCAUAGAAAUUUGUCCAUAGAAAUAAUUUAAAGUCUGAUAUCACAGACAUUAUAUGAUUAUACAGGUUCCAGCAGUUCAGAUGUAUCAUGUAAUGAAAACGGUUUUAAUAAAGUAGUUUAGCAGUAACUUUAAUAAUCUUCAAUCCGUAUAAACUUUUCAAAUGGCACGUCAUUGAUUUUUUAUUUCCUCAACUUUGUCUUAGAAUUCAACCUACAUUUUUAGCCAACAGAAUUGCAGAUAGGUAAUCAUAAAGUACUAGGCAUAAUCACUAUUCAAAGAAUGUCCAUUUCGCGGGUGUUUAAAAGUCUGCCUACUACCAUUCAUCUGAUGCACAUUUCCUGCAUCAGUUUUCUUAGUCAUUUUCGCUCACUCCGCCAAUUCUUUAUCAUUAUUGUUUUACUUCAUGUCAUUUUACUAUUGAGGUUGUAUUCUAAGCCAGUAAGAGGACCUGAAAUAUUCUAAUGAUAAGAAGGGCUCGUUUGCUUCGCCAACUCUUUCCAAUCUUAA